AUGCUGAGCCGGACAGCUGCGCGGGCCUCGCGCGCAUUGGGCGCCUCCAAGGGCGCCGCGACCAAGACUGCCACGCGCAAUGCCUCCUCGCAAAGCUCUUCCGAGCAGGCCGCUUCCUCGUGGAAAAACACGGCCAUCCUCACAUCGUCCACCGCCCUCGGUUUCGCAUCGGUAGCAUGGUACUACUAUCAAUUCGGCCGACCGACGCAGGCCAUGACUCCCGCUGAGGAAGGUCUCCACGCAACCCAAUACCCAUGGGAGCACGAGAAGUACAUCAAGACUUUUGACCAUGCCGCGCUCCGCCGUGGUUUCCAAGUCUACCGCGAAGUCUGCGCCUCCUGCCACUCGCUCAGCCGUAUUCCCUACCGAACCCUGGUCGGCAACAUCAUGACCGUUGAUGAAGCCAAGGCACUGGCUGAGGAGAACGAAUAUGACACCGAGCCCAAUGAUGAGGGAGAGAUCGAGAAGCGCCCUGGCAAGCUUUCCGAUUAUGUCCCAAGCCCCUACAAGAACGACGAGGCCGGUCGUGCUGCGAAUAACGGUGCUCUGCCCCCGGAUCUCAGCUUGAUUGUCAAGGCCCGUCACGGUGGCUGCAACUACAUCUUCUCGCUCCUCACCGGAUACCCCGAGGAACCCCCGGCUGGUGCCGUUGUCCAAUCUGGCUUGAACUUCAACCCAUACUUCCCAGGUACUGGUAUUGCAAUGGCUCGUGUCUUGUACGACGGCUUGGUCGAGUACGAGGAUGGCACUCCUGCCACCACCUCGCAGAUGGCCAAGGACGUUGUUGAGUUCCUCAACUGGUCGGCCGAGCCCGAGAUGGACGACCGCAAGCGCAUGGGUUGGAAGGUCAUGGUUAUUGGAACAACGCUCUUCGUUAUGAGUGUUUGGGUCAAGCGAUACAAGUGGUCUACGAUCAAGACCCGUCACAUCGCAUACACCCCACCAGCGAACCCGCAGCCAAAGCAGCCAGGCGGUGUCUUCCGAAGAUAG